CGGGGAGCUGGCUGGGCGUCGUGGACUCGGAGCUGCUGGAUCGGUCCGAGAUGGCAGAGGUGGAGGAAACACUCAAGAGACUUCAGAGCCAGAAAGGAGUUCAGGGAAUCAUCGUGGUGAACACGGAAGGCAUUCCCAUCAAGAGCACCAUGGACAAUCCCACUACUACACAAUAUGCCAACCUCAUGCACAACUUCAUCUUGAAGGCACGGAGCACUGUGCGUGAAAUGGACCCCCAGAAUGAUCUAACCUUCCUUCGAAUUCGAUCCAAGAAAAAUGAAAUUAUGGUUGCACCAGAUAAAGACUAUUUCCUGAUUGUGAUUCAGAAUCCAACUGAAUAACCAAAUAAGCCACUGUCUCGGCUUCCCGUGUCAUUCCUUAAUUUAACAUCCCCCAGAAUAAUAGUGUUAAUCAUGUCAGUGGGCACAGGGUGGUUGCCCAAGAGCCCAUAUAGACCAUGCCAAUGGUAGCUCUGCCCACCCCAACAAAGAGUCUCUCUGGUGAUCCAGUCAGUUCUCAUUUCCAGGCUU